AUGAUUGAAUGCUUACGGCAAAUUGCGGAGAAAGUGCAACAAUGGGCGAAACAACAGGGCCCGGAAGUUCUGAUGCAGCUGGAGAAACAAAUACGCAGAUACGGAGGGGCGGCCAUGAAAGCGAUGUCGGCAGUGCGGGCACAGGACAACAUGAAGGACAACAGCACGUUGAGUGUGCAGGAGCAGUUGGAGCACAAGAAUCUCGCUACCCAAUGA